UUACAUGCGGUUACUAAGCAACGGCUGCGGAGCGUUUCGGGUAACUCCAUUAAUUAGCUCGGUUAGCUCCUUAGCUACCGGGUUUUAACCUGAUUCUGCCUCUCCCCGGGACGUGUUCCGGAUGGCCGGUGUUCUGAUAGACCCGACCCGGGCUCCGGUGGCCUUCGGCCAGCGGGCGGUGCCGCAGCUGUUCGCGGAGCUGCAGCAGCCGGAGGCCGGCAGGAAGCAGCGGGCUCUGGCUUCACUCUGCGACCUGAUGCACGACCCGGAGCGGCUUUACCAGGCUGUUACUGGAGGUUUUUUGGAGCAGCUGGAGGUGUUGUUGAAGGACGAAGAUCUGUCAGUGAGAACGAAAACCUGCGAGCUGCUUCACCUGCUGACCGCCCACAGCAUCGGCAGACAGGCCCUGCUCUCCUCGUCUCUCCUCCCUCCUCUCUCUCAGCUGUUGGACGACUCCUCGUCCUCCUGCAGGAGAAACGUCCACCGAGUGCUGAACCGCCUCGCUCUGCUGCCUGCAGGUGCAGAAGCUCUGCUGUCUCUGGUUCCCAAACUGAUGCUGAAGCUCAGAGAAGAGGAGGAAGAAGAGGAGGAGGAGGAAGAGGUGCAGGUGCUGCGCCUCUCCACCCUCAGCUGCUGCUCCAGGCUGGACGCUCUGCCCGGUCUGGCCUCUGACGGCGUCUCACUGCUCGCACGCAAACUCUCCCAUCGCUCCCCGAACAUCCGCAGAGAGGCGGCGGCAGCCUUGAUGACGCUCAGUGUACCUCUGGACGGGAAGCAGCAGGUGUGUGAGAAGGCGGUGCUUCCUGUCCUGGUCGGUCUGCUGAAGGACGAAGACGUGGAGGUUCAGGCCAACGCUGCAGGAACCAUCAUGAACACUGUCAUCAUCACCGCAGGUAAACUUCAGUGUCUGGAUCUGGACGUCCUCCCUGUCCUCUUGGAUCUGGUGUCUGAACAGACAGAGGAGGAGAAAGAGGAGGAUGAGGAGAGGAGGAGGAGGAGGAAGGCCCUCGUCAUCUACUCCCUGCGCACUCUGACGUCACUGGCUGAAGCUCCGGACGGCCGCCGCUUCCUGCUGGAGCAGCUCCACCUGCUGACGAGGAGGAGCGAGGCACCUGAGGAGGACCGGGACGUCCGACGGGCCGCUCAGACCGCCGUCAAGGUCAUCACCUGGACUCCCUGAGAGCCUGAUGACCUCUGACCUCUAGACAUCACCUGCUGCAGUAGCCUUACCUGACCAAUUAAAUAACCAUGUGCAAA